CAAAGAACAAUACUAAAAUGUGUAGUAAUUAGUUAAUAACGAUCUUUCGUCAUCGAUUUAUCAUAAGUAUUUAUUAAUACUAACCAUAAAAGUAUUUUAAUUUAAAAAUGGGUCAUGACGAUAUUACUGAAAGAGUUCGUGACGCAAUACAGUCUUAUCAUAAUUUUCCCAAAAAAGGGAUUAUCUUUCGAGACCUACUUCCAGUCCUUAGAAAGCCUGAGUUGUUUGAUGAUUUAACUGAUUAUUUAUGUGAUAAAAUACACGAAAAAGUGCCAGGAGUGAAAGCUGUGGUUGGUCUUGAGGCUCGAGGAUUUCUUUUGGGUCCAGUUAUUGCCUUGAAGUUAAAAGUUCCUUUUGUUCCUAUCCGGAAAGUAGGAAAGCUUCCCGGAUCAGUAAGGAAAGUGUCCUAUUCUCUGGAAUAUGGAAUGGAUUCGUUUGAGAUUCAGACAGAAGCUCUUAACUAUGGUGAAGAAGUAAUUAUAAUAGAUGACCUUUUAGCCAGUGGAGGAACCAUGCAAGCAGCUGUUCAGCUAUUACAAGACUGUGGAGUCAUAGUGGCAGAGAGCCUUGUAAUAAUUGAAUUGACAGAAUUAAAUGGGAGAGAAAAAAUAUCUGUUCCAUUUUUUUCAGUUUUACAAAUAUGAAAUUUUGAAGGUGUUUUACAUGUAUGUAUCAAAAUACAUUAGAUUGAAAAAUUUUUUAAUUACAUUAAACAAAUGUUGUGGAAUAAGAAUUUAAUUAAAAGAUAUAUUUUUGGAUUAAAUUGUUUUCAGUACUAAGGAAAAAAUCAUUUGGUAAGAUUUAAUUCAUGGUUCAUUUUUAAUUAAUUAGUCCUUUAUGUUAGAAUGCUUAAAGCUUCAUGAAAUUAAACCAGUAUUUAGUGUAGGCUUGUUUUUCUUAACAAAGAAAUUGUUUAAAUUCCAUGCAUGUAAGAAAAAUAAUUUACUCUUUUUUUUUAAAUUUUUCCCUUUUUUAUUUUGUAGGGAUUUUACUAGUAUUCACCAGUGUAGUAUAACAUUUUUACUGAAAUUACUAAAUAAAUUACUAUUGAAAUGUCAGAUUAAAUUGAUUAUUAUUAUCACUCUUUUUAUCAUGUGUUUGUUUUCUGAGACACUAAAAAUGUUUUGCAGGUUUUUUUUGUUACUUAUUGCAGUUGCCCCAUAGUGGCUCAGUGUUAAAUCUGAUGACUUAUAACAUUUAAAAACACAUUUCGAUACCUGUGGUGGGCACAGCACAGAUAAUCCAUUGUAUAGCUUUUUCCUUAACAGUAAACAAACAGAUGUACCAUAUUUCUCCCUUUAAGUGCCCCUUGUCCCUGUAAGCACCCCUGUUAUGAUUUUGAAGACAAAAUAUCUUAAUAACCUGUUUAUAUUGCAUAACUGGAUUUACAGUUAUGUCUGGUGAAUUGUGCCUCGAUACUACACAACUACUUGUUCCUAUAACCUCUGUACCAUUCCUGAUACAACAUGUAAAUCUGCACUUGUUCAGCAUGUGUCAUAUAAUCAAGCAUGUAAACCAAAGGCCAUGAUUAGUGGGUGGUAGCAAAACUUAAACUACUUUUUUAGAAUUAUUUAAGGACCUCGGUUGGUUAAAGGAAGGAAUGCAGUAUUAGAUGUUUUUAUUUAACUUAGGUGGAAUUCCUAUGUACCAAAUUAAAGUUUGUCCAAAACUUAAAUUUGCCCCGAAGCUAAAAAAUCUUGAAUAAGAACAAUAAUCCCUAGAGUAUAACGUUCACUGCCAACUGGAUUUAUGUCGGAUUUUGUCAAAAGUUAUAUAAAGAUCUUGUACUGUAAGAAUGAAAUUCAUUUGAGAUUAUUUAAAAGAAGAUAAUGCCAAUAAAAAUAGAGAAGAUUACCGUUACCAAUUUUGGAA